AUGGAACAGCAAUGGCGAACAGCCUUUGCUCUCGUCUUAUAUUUCACGAUCCACCCGGCGAUCUUCAACGUUUUCACGAUUGCCCAGGAGACGGCAGCUCCGGUGACCGACGACGCCGCCGCCCUUCUCUCGCUUAAGGAUUCCUUCACUGAAGGCGGCGACGCUCUUUCCUCCUGGUCGUCUUCUCCCGCCACCUCUCCCUGCGGUUGGUUCGGCGUGAUUUGCGUCAGCGGCGUCCUCACCGGCCUCCGCCUUGCCAAACUCGGUCUCUCCGGCACCGUCAAUGUCACUGCCCUCUCUCAUGUUAAGGGCCUCCGAUCCAUUAGCCUCAACGACAAUAAAUUUUCCGGGCCACUUCCGCCGGAACUCUCUACCCUCGGGAGCAUCAGAUCCUUAUUCCUCUCCCACAAUGCCUUCUCCGGUGAGAUCCCCGACGGGCUCUUCGCCUCCAUGCGCCACCUCAACAAGCUCUGGCUAGACGACAACCAAUUCACCGGGCGCAUCCCCUCCUCCAUCUCGAAUGCGCACUCCAAGCUCAUCGAGCUCCGGCUGGAGGAUAACGCCUUCGACGGAACCAUCCCUACUUUCGACCACAUCUCCAGCACUCUCAAGGCUUUCAAUGCAUCCAACAACCAGCUCAGCGGUCUCAUUCCCGCCUCCUUAGCUCGCUUUGGCGCCUCCUCCUUCGCGGGGAAUCCGGGUCUCUGUGGACCUCCUCUCGACUCCAGCUCAUGCGGAACGGCGCCAUCGCCGGCAAAAUCCUCGGAGGGGCCGCCAAUGGAGCAGGCCAGAUCUCAAACCCACAUCAACGUCGUGGUCGGGGUGGUAGCUGCAGUGCUCGUCCUCCUCGUCCUGGUGGCGUCACUCUUCUGUCGCAGACGGCAUGAUCAUCAGGAAAAUCUCGAUGCGUCCGCAGAGGCCAUGGAGUCGGGAACAGCCUCUGUAGCCGCGGCUGCCGCGACACAGAAGGAGGAGAAGGAUUCCGAGGCGACGUCGGGCCGCAAGCCUGUCGGAGCGAGCCGCGGGGCGACGGGGAUGGCGGGUCUGGUCAUGAUUAACGAGGAAAAGGGCGCGUUCCGACUCGCUGACUUGAUGAAGGCCACCGCUGAGGUCCUGGGGAACGGCGGCCUUGGUUCUGCCUACAAGGCCGCCAUGGCUAACGGCUUAACCGUCGUCGUCAAGCGACUGUGCGACAUGAACCGGAUCGGCAAGGAGACCUUCGACGGUGAGAUGCGGCGGCUGGGGAGCCUUCGCCAUCCCAAUGUCCUCACUCCGCUAGCCUACUAUUAUCGGAAGGAGGAGAAGCUCCUUGUCUCCGAGUACGUGCCCAAGGGUAGCCUGCGCAACGUGCUCCAUGGUGAUCGUGGCGCAGAGCACCCGGCGUUAGAUUGGCCAACGAGGCUCAAGAUCGCGUUAGGGAUCGCGCGCGGCAUGGCGUACCUCCACGCCGAACUGGCUGCCGUGGACGCGCCGCACGGCAACCUCAAGUCCUCCAACAUCCUCCUCGCCGACAAUUUCGAGCCACUCAUCGCCGACCACGGCCUCGUUCCGCUGGUCGGAGUGGCGCAGGCCUCGCAGGUUAUGUUCGCGUACCGGACGCCGGAAGGCACGCAGCACCGCCUCGUGUCGCCUAAGUCGGACGUCUUCUGUCUCGGCGUCGUCAUCCUCGAGCUCGUCACCGGCAAGUUCCCGUCGCAAUACGCGAACGACAACAAGGGCGGAACAGACGUCGUGCAACAGGCGACGUCGGCUAUCGUUGAGAGGCGAGAGGCGGGCGAAUUGGCCGGGGACAUCGCCGCACCAGACACGGUCCAAGGCAUGGUGCGGCUCCUCAGGGUGGCCGCCGCCUGUGUGGAUGCGAACCCAGAGGAAAGGCCGGAGAUGUCGGAGGUGGCGGAACUCGUCCAAGAGAUCGCGAGCGGGUAG